AUGUGUGUCUCACGCUUUGUGUUCGAUAGUCGAGCGAGUAGCGAGUUGACGCUGGAUUGUGUGAUGGAGGGACGGGGUCGAGGGAAGUUCUGCAAGGAUCGCGAAGAAAUCGGGUAUGAGGAGUUCGUCUAUUUGGUGCUUGCUGAUGAAAACAAACGAAGUCCGGAAGCAGUGCGCUACUGGUUCAAUAUUUUGGAUCUUGAAUUCUCCGGAGAAAUCUCGUUAAGCACGAUUUACGCGUUCUAUGCUUCGCAAAAAUCGCGGUUGGAGGAGUAUGGCAUUCCCUCUCUUCCCUUUCCGCUCUAUCUGCAGACGCUGUGCGAUGCAUUGGAGAGACAAAACUUGCUGGGGACGCAGGAAAUGCGAUUUUCGUUCGCCGAUUUUGUGCCGUCCGAGUGGGAAAUCCGACUGCCCGUCGUUUUCCAGGUGGUGGCGCUGAAUUUGUUCGUGAACACGGUGAAAUAUCUGGAGUUCGAGCAUCGCGAGCUGGUGGCCGACUUCGACUUCGAUGAGAACAAUCCGGGAAAGCUGCGAGUAAACAAAUACAAGCAAAUCAAGGCGAAGAGCGAUCAUCUGACUCGCGCCGAGCAGAUUCGUCAGAUCCAAGAAGCAAAAGAGGAAGACGACGAAUCUGCCACCGAGUAUUUGGAUCUCCAAGAGAUCUUCAAUGAAUAA